UCGACAGCUGUCACGCGUAGCAGCUGUUGUGGUUUGGAUCACGUCACGUUCGCGUUCACGAUCAUGUGGUUGCGGAGUCUGUGAUAAAUAUGUGGAACAUACUCAGUGUCCUGUUUUUGUGUGUUUUUAGUUUCUUUGGAGAAUGCGCUCGCCACGUUCCUGAAGAUGACUUGUGGUCAGAGGUGGCGCCCGGUAUCCAGGGGGCAGAUGACUACGACAAUGCGCUCUCAUACGCUGACUACACUGAUGAGGCCGAGACCGCUCUUUGGAACGACACACUGGAAGAGGUGACGACGACUGCAACCAACAAAACUGGUUGGUUGCGGUGGACGCGGGCGUUGGGGAACAUUACGAAGACUGCAGGGGACGCAGUAAAGCUGCGCUGCGAGGUGUACGGUGAUCCACCGCCCAUCAAGCUGUUGUGGUACAAAAACGAAGCACCACUGGAGCCUGUAAAGGGCAGAAUCACUGUGCGGAACUACACCCCAUCGAAGUACAGUGGUGCCGCGCUCGGCUCACGACUUAGAAUUACACCGCUGGAAGUCCAUGACACAGGUUUCUACACUUGUGAAGCGACGAGUCAAGAAGUAAAAGUAGAUACUACUGGCAUACUUAGAGUCUCCAUGAACCACUGGGGGCAAGAUCAUGCUGCACCACCAUUGGGGUCAUCUGUUCCACAUUUUAUAGACAGUGUGGGCCCAGAUGAUGUUCUCAGCGUAGGUUUGCCUGGGGUUGGUAACGUAGCUCCAUUGGAUACUGGGGGACUGGGACCAGUUUUCAGCAAUGCUCCAAGCCAACCAGAAACUAAGUUGGCAAGCCUAGAACCAGAACCAGUAUGUCAGCUGUACAGAGGCCAAAGAUGCUCCCAGUUUGUUGGAAACAAGUCAGUAUACAUUCAACCAGGAGUGACGCAAGCCAUAAUUGAAACGAAACUCAAUGCUGCAUUUGUUGUCAUAUCUCAAUCAAAUGAUCUCUCCCAGGGCUGUGAGAAGUACGCUCUGCCGUCCCUGUGUUAUACUGCUUACCCGGUAUGCCGGGAAGACGCCUCCCUCCCUCCCAGACGCAUCUGUCGUCAGGAUUGUGAUCUGUUGGAGAAUGAGCUGUGCCAGUUGGAGUAUGCACUAGCUAAGAAACAUCCUCUGAUUGGUCGCCAAUUGGAGAUGCCCGAGUGCACGAACUUGCCUGCCAUCGGCUCUCCUGGCAGUGAAGAUUGUCUGCAGCUGGGCAUGCCACAACCUGAGCCGGUCAAUAAAGACGAGAAGUGUUUCUGGGGUGUGGGUGAGAACUACCGGGGAGACCUGUCAGUAGCAAUGUCGGGUCGGCCAUGUAUACAGUGGCGUCGGCAGAUGUUCAUCAAGACCAGCCAGCACACGUCACUGCUGGGUGGUCACAGCUAUUGUCGCAAUCCAGGUGGCAUCGAGAGUCGGCCUUUCUGCUACACUGAGAAGGGUACCACACCAGAGUUCUGUGAUAUCCCCAACUGCUUUCCAGAUUGGCAGUUAACUCUGUGCCUUGUUGCUGGAAGCCUGUUGUUACUGUUGCUGUUACUGUUGCUGUACUGCUGUUGUCGGAAGAGGCAACAACAAAUUUCCCGAAACCGUCUUGCCACAACCCCAGGAAUUAAGGCCAUGAAGAACUCUCCAAAUAAGAAAGGGCUUGAAAUGUCAGCACUCAUACCAGGAUCAAAUGCCUCAAGUCUGAAGAGCGAAGCUCGACCCAGAGUUCGUGAAUUCCAUUUAUCAAACAUAAGAUUCUUGCAAGAGUUAGGAGAGGGUGCUUUUGGAAAAGUGUACAAGGGGGAGAUUUGUGGAUUGGACAGUGGACCACUGUUGGUGGCCAUCAAGACACUUAAGGAGAAUGCCACAGCCAAGACUGCCCAGGACUUUAGGCGAGAGGUGGACCUGAUGUCAGAACUACGACACCCUAACAUCGUCUGUUUGUUGGGAGUCAGUCUGUCAGGGGAGCCCAUGUGUAUGCUGUUCGAGUUCAUGACUCGUGGUGACCUGCACGAGUUUCUCAUGUCUCAUUCCAACCGCUGUGAUGUUUCCAACUGUAGUGAUGAGCCACCGCUGGACCAGCAGGACUUCAUGUUCAUUGCCAUCCAGAUCGCUGCAGGGAUGGAAUACCUUUGUAGUCAUCACUACGUUCAUAGAGACUUAGCAGCUCGUAACUGCUUGGUUGGAGAGAAUCUAGUCGUUAAAAUCUCAGACUUUGGACUGUCCAGAGAUGUCUAUUCAUCAGACUACUAUAGAGUGCAGUCAAAGUCACUGUUACCAGUGAGGUGGAUGCCCCCAGAGUCAAUCCUCUAUGGCAAGUUCACCACAGAGUCUGAUGUCUGGAGCUAUGGUGUUGUUUUAUGGGAAAUCUAUAGCUAUGGUUUGCAGCCUUACUAUGGAUACAGUAACCAGGAAGUGAUAGACAUGAUCCGGUGUCGCCAGCUGCUACCAUGUCCUGAGGACUGUCCAUCACGUAUGUACUCGCUGAUGAUGGAGUGUUGGCAUGAGGCACCGGUACGUCGUCCCCACUUCCCCGAGAUACACGCCAGACUGCGCCAGUGGGCAGGGUCCACGCCUCCACAAGCCAGCAGUGACCGCACAAACUCCACACAACUGUCACGUCCCCCUGCCCCUCACCAGCUGGUUGUCAGGCUACCUCCACCCUACAACAAGACUGCCACCAACAUCUAACCAACACGGCUGUGUCAUAACGUAGCUAUCUAAGUUCUCAAGUGACUGAUUAUUUUAAUUAUCGCACAACACGAGUCCGAGUGCUCACGAAGGUGCUUGGUUUCCUAGAUUUUAAGAAUAGUUUUUUGUAUUCUCUAUUUGUACAGAAAUAACGUUUUAAUUUAUCUGAUUCAAAUGUGUUUGACCACUACUUUUUAAUUUAAUCAAGUAUAAUUUAUUUCUUGUAAUAUAUGGACAGAAGGAUUAAAAAAUAUUCUAAUAAUAUUUUUACUAAAUCUUUUUAAAUAGAACUAAAAUAUUGUAAUGUUUUCUCUAAUGGUUUAUGUGAAUUUCAUAAUUUUUAAACUUGUUUUAUCUACAAUGUAUAAAUUAGAACCAUCACUUUAAAGUUUGAGUUUUUAUUGAUAUUAAAUUUAUAGUUGUUUUAAUUUAUGUUCUAAGCAGACAAGCAUCAGUGCAGCUGUAUUUGUUUGAUUAUGUAACUCAUUAUUUGUCUCAUUAUCUUGUUGCAUAGUCUCAUUAUCUUGUUGCAUAAUAAUUUAUAUGCAGUAGAUCUUGGUGUUUGUACCACAACUGAAUAAAUGUUUCCUGUUAACCUUGGAUCUAGCCAAUAACAUUCACAUAACUUUGCACAAAAAACUUUAACCACAACUUUCACAUGAGAAUAAAUAGUUACGAUUGUAUAACAAAGUAGGAGUAUGCAACACCAUGUAUUGUAUAACAGACUUUGCUGUGGUUGCAUGUAAAAUUCCAAGUAUAUAGUUACAUGUGUUACUAUGUAACUUGUUAAAAUGUUAUAUUAUAAUUGUUCUCAGUUAAUUUUCAAAUUUACUUAUUCUGUAAUUUUCUUGCUUUCAUCAUAGAUAAACAUAAGACCAAUAUAUAAAUGUUCACUAAUGCUCAGCCAAAUCGUAUGGAGUGAAAUGCAUUAUCAUCAAACUAAGUGUUGCCUUCAUAGAAAUGAAGCUUCAAGCAAAAUGUAUAGGUCUAGAGAUGGUUUUUUUUAGCUACCAGAGGAAUUUUAAUGUUUAAUUGGUUAUAUUAUUUUUAUAUAACAAAUCAUAAAAAUCAGUAAAAAGUUUAUUAAGUUACGUAAGAAAUGGCAGCAUGCUCCACAUAUUUUAUGUGAGUCCUGAGAAAAGGAAGCGAGUUGUGCUAUUGUGCAGGAAUCUUUUUCUCUACAAGGGAAUAUGUUUUGAAUCUUCUUUGUUGUUAUUCACUCAUCUGUCUGAAUGGUUUUUAUUGUAGCAAAACACUAGUGGAUUUCUUUUUUAGUGGUAACAGUCAAUAAUAAUUGUCAUCAUAGUUUCAUUUUUUAUUACUAGCAAUAUGGUUAGAACCAAAUUAUGAAGUGUGAUACAAAUAAAAUUAAUUCAGAAUAACUUUCUCCAAAUAUUAAAAUUUACUUAUGUUGAUAGUGCAGUAUGAGUAUAAGCAGAGAGUAUUACAGGAUAUUGGACAUUAGCAAUUGUUAUGUGUUACAAAAGGUACAUAUAACACAACGUUUUGAGGACUGGAUUAGACUCCAAACAGCUUUUGGAUAGAUUAGAAAUCCUUUCUAUUCGUUUUGUUCUUUAUUUUUUUAUGUAUUAAUACCUCCCCUACCUGACGAAGAGGAUAGAUUCUAAUCCUUGAAAUGUUGUGUUAUACCUUUUGUAACAUAUAAUGAUGGCAAAUGUUCGAUAUCCUGUUAUCAUUUCAAACCUUCCAUCGUCAAUAACAAACGUUAAACAAAGAAUCAGGGAGUAAUUCAUUUCUCAUGAUUCAUGUUUUACAAUUGGCAUGCGUAUUACAUGGUACAUGGUUAUUGUCUCCAAACUCACAUAUAAAAUGUUGAGAAUAUAAGUAGAUAAAUGGAAAUAGUACACAUUGUACAAUAGAUAAGCAAAAAGCACACUUGAAAUCUAAGAACUUUGACUAAAGGGCACAAAUAUUUUUAAAUUGUUUGACUCAAGGUCACCUCUUGGCCAAUUGGGGUGUGUUCACAUUGAAUGGAAAUAUGUAGCAAACAGGUAGAAACAAAUGGAGAAUACAUAUUACUACUAAUUACAUCUUCGUCUUCCCAAUGACAGCAAAUGUCAAAGAAACUAAUCUGUUGAGAUUAUGUAUUCAAAACUAUUUAAAACUUUACUUUGCUCUGGAGUUAUCAAAUUUCAUCCUAAAUGAUUGUAUGUGAUGAGAAGACAAUAGUGUUUGUGUCUGUACUGUAGUUAUGUACGUGAAAUAGCCAUGUUUAAGGACCUAGCUAACUGAUAUUUAGCCACUCUGUGACGUGCUAAUCGAUUAGUGCAGUAGCACCACUCAGUUCCAUUAUAAAAGUUGUUGUAUCUUUUGCUGAAUAUGUAUUUCUCUCCAUAGUCCAGCUAGUAUACAGCUGCCAUCUUCCAGUAUUGGUUAUCUAAGAAACAAAAUAAGUAUUGGAUGAUUACUGCAUAACAAAAUGAUUACAUUAUACUAUUACUUUAUUCAAUUUAUAUACAUGAUAUACACAAUGAAUAGUACAAAUAAUAUUUUUAAAUAAGUCUAGCAAGAAUUAAUUGCUUAAUUUACUGUAUGUAAAAGACAUCUUUGCUUUAUCGUAAUUAAAUUUACAAUGCAUAAGAAUAUAUUUAACAUAAUUAUACAUGUGAAGACAUAAUUUUACUUUUAGGUUGAGAAUAGUUUAUUUCUUUAGUAGAAAAACUCAAAAUGGAGUAAUGAAGUUAUAUAUACAUAAUAUAAUUUAUAAUUAUUAAUGAAAAUGCUUGAUGUCAGGAACAUCUAACUGAACCAUUUAUUUGGGUUAUACCAUAAGGCAACUUGAACUGCAGCUCUUGAAAGAAAAGGAAUUACGUAAUGAACUAAAACUUUUGUACUUAGAUCAAUGACACUGAGAAAGAGUGGAUUAUUCAUAAUUAUGAAAAAGAAAUGGCUCAUUUACAGACCCUUAUAAACCAGCCAAAAUACUCAAAUAUUAGCAGUGUCAAUCUCAACAAACCCUUAGUUAGAGACUCAGAAUAUUACAUUUAAAAUUUUACUAUUUUACUUUGUGGUAUAUUUUAUAUAUACACCAAACAAAUUUUAUUUAUGCUCAAUAUGGAACUUAGACAUACAAAAAGCACCAAACUUUAGUAUUUUCAAUAUUUUUUAUGAAUAUUCCUUUUAGUCAUCAGAGGUUUUGACUUUUUUAAUUCCUUAUUAUUAUUAAUAAUUUAAAAUAAUACAGUCCAUAAAUAUUGUAUGUUUAUCUUUUCGAUCAUUCUAAAAAUCUGUGAACCAUGAAAUCACCACACUCAUGCUGUGCCCUGUUGAAUCUAUUAGCUAAUACGGUCAUUAUCCGUCCAAUUGUUUUCAUCACUAUUAGAACUAUCAUAAUAUCAUGAAAAUAGUUACUUUCUUCAUUCAUAAAAAUCUCUGCUGAAAUUUGUGUCUUUCUGCCAUUCUCUACGAUAACUAAUUGGACAAAUGAUAAUUUCCUAAUCAUCACUUACAAUCCGUAAACAUAACAUGUACAUAAAACCGAGUUCACACAAUAAGACAAAUGUAGCAAUGUAAUCGAACGUGAAAUGGGAAUCAGGAGAUUUUGUUCAAUUACAGAGAUUUCUUUUCUUAAACAGAGAAAACAAGCCAAUGCACUCUAUUAGACAUAACGGAAACUUCAUAAAGUGUUGUUAUGAUUCUCUACUAGCAAAUGUGUUCAGGCGAACAAGUAUAACCCACAAAGCAAUAUAGGAAAUACUGUUUAAGGAAAUAACAGAUUUUAAAGAGCGAUCGUCUUUACCACUGGUGGCACAAGGCAUGCCCUUGCGUAACUGUUGGAAUUACUAGUCAAAGGGUUUUAAAAAAGUUAAAUGAAAUAUAUUGUACAUUUAGUACAAUUGUUAACGAUAAAGUAUGAGUAAUUUAGAUGGUACUUACUAAAACUAAGUAAAGUUAUUAAGGUUUUACAAGAUCUUCAAUAGUAAGCUAUGCUAUACAAAGUUUUACUCCUUUAAACAAGCAUUUAUUGCAACUUAAUCAACCAUCAUAAUAAACUACAAGUAUUGUUUAGAAUCUUUUGAAAGUGUUGAGUUUUAAUUAUUAAUUGUUUGGUGUUUUUGUCCAUAAAUAUAUUUUAGUUUCUAUGCACUAUUAUGUCAUUAUUUGUACAUAGACUUUGUACAUUUGUAAAUAUGUAAAUGUGUUUUAGAUAUUUUUACUAGUAGUAUAUGUUUUCCUAAUUAUUUGCUUAACCAAAGUACUGUAAUUAUUUAUAUUAUUUAUUUUACACUGAUGUUAUAGAUGUUUUUAUAUUACAGUGAUAAAUGUAUAGUCACUUUUUUACUAUGGCUAUUUUUAAAGUACAUAUGUAUAUAUUAAUGUACAUGUUGUAAAAGAUUAUGCACACGUUCCUUGAUAUAAUGAGAUGUGCGCGCAUUGUGAAGAUUUGUGUGAAUUAUUUGGUACCAAUUGAAUGUUGUAUAAUUAAUUUCUUAUUCAAAAAGGGAUCAAAAAAUUUGUUAAACCAAAUAACUUAAUAAAUUUUAUUGGAGAUUGUAAAAACUAUGUUAACUAAAUGUUUGAUCAAAUAUGAAUGUAUUUAAUUUUUUGCAAGAGUCUAUAGAUUUGUACUUUUUUCAUGCAACAUUAAUGAAUCUUGACUAAAUUAAACAUUUCAUUUCUUCAAACAAAAUGUAGCAAUUAAGAUUGAUAACUGAAAAUUUUGUAAUAUAUUUUUAUCAAUGUUCAA